AUUGUUAAUGACCAGAAUACACCGCGAGACGACGACGGUAGAGACGGAAUCCGUGAAAUGUCACGUCAUGAAGGUGUUAGCUGUGAUGCUUGUAUGAGAGGAAACUUUAAAGGACGUCGUUUUAAAUGUUUAAAGUGUUACGACUAUGAUCUAUGCGCUAAUUGUUAUGAAGCAGGUGCAACUACCCCACGUCAUUCAGUUGAUCACCCAAUGCAGUGUAUUUUAACACGUGCUGACUUUGAGCUCUACUAUGGUGGUGAAUCAUUAACAUCUGAUCAGCCACAAGCAUUCACAUGUCCUUUUUGUGGACGUAUGGGUCUCACAGAAGUGGUGCUAACAGAACAUGUUACAACUGAACACCCAGAUUCUACUACUGAAGUUGUGUGUCCAGUUUGUGCAGCACACCCAGGAGGUGAUCCUAAUUUAUUAACUGAUGAUUUUUCAGUUCAUUUACAAAUGCAACAUCGUGCCAGUCCAAGUGUUCCAAGGGAUUUAAUUUCAUUUUUAGAUGAACCUGUUGCAAGACAUUCUGUUCGACGUAUACCACAGUCUGCAAGAGGUAUGGGAAGUACAAGGGUUCGAAGAGCAAUCAAUUUCAGGUACCGGGCAGCAAAUGGUGGAACGAGAGAUGGUUCAGAUCCAAUUGCUGAGCUAUUAUCGCAGUUAAGUGGAGUUCGUAGAGCACAAUCAAAUAGUGUGCCUGGAUCUUCAGCAAGCAGCUCACAAGGCACUCACAAUGUUUCUUCACAGCUGCAACAGUUGCAGAUGCAGCUGCAGCUUGAAAGACAACAAGUCAGGGCCGCUAGACAACAACUAGAACGUUUACCUCGUCGCCAAGGACAUGGCUCAUCUGCAGCUGCUGCCUCAUUAGCUAACAAUAAUAUAGUUGGAUCUGGAGCACCAACACAAGCUGCUGGUACAUCAUCAAACUUACUUAGUAUUCAAGUUGUAGAUUCAAAUUCUAACCAAAAUCAGUCUGCACGUAAUAGUUCAUCACAAUUUCUAAUCAAAUUAUAAGAAACUGCUAGCUUUCAAACUUUUAACACAACAAAAUCAAAAGUUAGACAAAUAUUCCACAUUCAAUAUAUUGGACGACAAAUGAAUACGGCUAWUAUUUUGUUAAAGGAGCACA